GCAUAGAAGAAGAGUCAGGCUGUGUUUAUUAUUCCCUCGGUGUACCGUUGACUGUGUGUUAACAGACUGUACUUUGUUAUCACCGCUCUCAAAAACCCACUUAUUCAAAGAGUAGCUGUAUGUGUUUGGUUUGAAGAAUCAAAACAAACUCACCUUGAUGCGUUCGCCGCAGUGUUAGAGAUGGCGGGUAGGGGCAGGAUGGUGCCCUGUGCUUGUCUGGGGCUGUUUGGUGUCCUUUGCUGGGUCUGGGUCUCCUUUGCCUCCUUUCCAGAUGAUUUUCAACCCCAGAGUGCUCUGUCAGAGAUGGAGUUUUCAUCUAUCUCUUCAUACAGAGGACCUGGCAACAGAGACCACCGCAGCAACAAGGAGCUGCCCAUUCUCCUCUGGUGGAGCGGAGGUCUGUUCCCACAUUUCCCUGGUGACUCUGAACGCAUCGACUGUGCCACAUCCUCCUGCCUGGUCACAAGCAACCGCAAGGUCCAGAUGUACAAGCGGACUGCAUCUAUCAUCUUUUAUGGGACAGACUUUCGGGCAUAUGAGGCGCCACUGCCUCGUCUCCGCCACCAGACCUGGGCACUGUUCCACGAAGAGUCCCCCAUGAAUAACUACAUCCUCUCCCAUGGACCGGGAAUCAGGCUGUUCAACUACACUGCCACGUUUCGCAGGGAGUCGGACUAUCCUCUGACCCUGCAGUGGCUGCCCUCUCUGGAUUACCUGCUGCAGCCUGUGGCUGUGUCCCUUGGGGAGAAGAACCGUCUGAGGAGGGAAGGCCUGGCUCCUGUCCUGUACAUGCAGUCUCACUGCGACGUACCCUCGGACAGAAACAGAUAUGUCCAGGAGCUCAUGAAGUAUAUCCAGGUGGACUCUUACGGGAAAUGCUUGAACAACAAACCUCUACCUGAAAAUCUUGAGGACACAUCCACAGCGACUGGGGAAGAAUCCAACUUUAUGAAUUUUGUUGCCCGCUACAAGUUUCACCUGGCGCUGGAGAACGGCCUGUGUCCGGAUUACAUGACGGAGAAGCUGUGGCGUCCUCUGCACCAGGGCUGCGUGCCCGUCUACCGGGGCUCCUCCUCUGUGGCAGACUGGAUGCCCAACGACCACUCUGCCAUCAUCAUAGAUCACUUCCCCUCACCCAAAAGUCUCGCUGAAUUCCUCAAACGUCUUGAUGAGAACGAUGAUGAAUAUGCAAGAUAUUUAGAAUUCAAGAAGCCCAGCCGCAUUACUAACACUCGCUUGUUAGAGGUGCUGGAGACUCGCGAGUGGGGGGUUAAUGACAUGAGUAAACCAAACUACCUGAACGGAUUUGAGUGUUAUGUGUGUGACCAGGAGAAUACACGACUGGUGGCAGAACGCUCGUAUAGGAAAGCCCCCAAGAUGAACCAACCUCCAAAGCCUAAAAUGGCAAACAACUCUCACAUGGGGUGCCCCCUGCCCAGCCCGGGGUACGGACAUGUCCAAGACUUACCUGCAGAUGAUGGAUGGUUGCAAAUAUGGCCUCAGGAUUACUGGCAGAGCCUGGACCAAGCAGAGGGGCUGGAGUCUCUGAUAAGACAUAACGAGUCCGACCCUUCGCUGCUGUGGAAGCACAUCCAAAACAUUGCUGUGAGCAGAGCCAGAGGAAAACACUGACACAGGCCUUACAGAGGAUGGAGCACGUCCAGAAUUGCAGAGGUGUACUAUAUUAUGAAUCCCCUUUGUUUAAACAAGGGAAUAAACCAGAAAUGGCUAAUAUUUUUUCACCGAAGCCAAACCUCCUUUAUCCUUAUGAGCAAUUUGGUGCUACUGUAACAGAUUUGAAUUUCGUGUUCAACUGACAUGAGUCGUUUGUCCUUUUUUCCCAAGUUCACUAAUGGGAAAAUAAUGUUUUAGAGUUCUAUAUGCCAAUAUUUUUAAGUUGUUUAAUUGCUAUAACUGAGGUGCCAUCAUUGCCUGAACUCCGCCUUGUAUUGUUAACAUUAACUGCAUGCAGUGCAGUUGUUCCACAGUGGCACAUUUUCAUUGGGCUGCGUCAGAGCCAGGGGACAGUGCUCUGCUUAAUGUGUGGAGAACUUUAAGACAUUAGCCGAGGAAGUGCAUUAGCUGCUUUACUCAGCAGGUAGCUUAUGGUUAUGAGCUAAAGUUACAUUUAUGUGCUAAACUAUUUUAAGUGACUAUGCAAGUAAAGUAAACUCACUAAGGAGUGAAGAAAGGCACAUGUAAAGUAAAAUUUAACUCCCUUUUAAAAUCACCACUGCAUAUGCAAAGUAUUCCUCAGGAUCAGCUAAUGAUCUCAGCUCAUUUGUGUACUGUAUAAUAUAUUGUAUAACGUGUUUUCUGUUACAUAAUGCUAAGAGAAUGUUUGUGUGCAAUACUUUUCUAAUCAUGCUUUUUCUAAACAUCUCACUGCUUGAGACUCCAUGACAUUCCCUCUGUCUGCACUCUGGCUGUGUUUAAAGCUGCAUACUAUUCAUACCAACUAAAAGUAAAAAUGAAUUGUGCUCCAACGGCAUAUUAUGAGUAUUUUGCAAAGCACACAUUUUUGAGAAUGUGACACGGGCUAUACAAGAUUUAACUGUGCUUUGAAAAGUAUUACUUAUGAGGCAAAUUAAGUUAAGAGAAAUUAGGAGCUUAUGUUUAUAAUGUACUGACAAAAACAAACAACACUACAAUAUUUAGUGUUUUGUUUAUUUUCCUCAAAACAAUACCGGAACAUAUUGAAUUGGCUGGAAAAGAGACUGUCGAAUGAGAAUUGUGGUAAACGAUUUUAAUUUCAUGGAAGCCUAACCUGGUAAUGUGAUACAAAAGACAUCCUCUCUCAUUGUGAACAGUCUGCUGGUAAUGGCAACCUAAGUAGUUAGUAAUUAGUAGGGAGUAUGCAGGGCUCUGGUAUGCAAUUUGGAGCACAGCCAUUGUUUUCACAUUUUCAUACCAAGAUAAUGAAAAUCAUUUUAUUUUUUUAACAAAGCAUCAUACAUGUGAACACACUAUUUUGUAUUAAGAAGAAUAAAGAAGUAAACAUUUUGUAAUAAAGUCAUUUUCUUGCAUAA